UUUGAGGUUAGGAAAAGUACCUCUAAUGUUAAGACACGCGGCGCUGUGUCUAUAUCUGUUGGUUCAAUGUACAAUAGCAAUUGAAUGGGAUGAACUAGUGGAUCGUGUGCAGGACCAUCAUGACACAAUUGAGUUCCCUGGAGCGGAGAACAGAGACGAUUGGUUAUGGGACGAUAUUUUCUGGAGAUAUCCCCACAUGAUGAGAAUGGAGUGUCCCGAUGGUUACGGAUGGGAGGGAAACUAUAAGGAUGGACAUUGUGAGGCCUGUCAACCAGGACAUUACUCCGCCUCUUGGGGUCCCACCGUCAGAUGUGUUAGUUGUCGUCCAGGAACCUACCAACCAAGCUCUCAAAGUCACGAGUGUAUCAGUUGUCCUGAGUGGAGUCCUCUGUCAGCAGUAGAGUCCGAGAGUUCGCACGAUUGUCACAAAUGGCCAAUUGGUAAAGAGGGGGACGUUGAACAUGGAAGACAGGGUGAUGGAAGGGCCACAGUUGAAGCGAAAGUAGAGGUCAUGGGAGACUGGACCUUCCUGAAUGAUAUGCUUGAACAGAUCUCUGGAUAUGAAGCCCACGAAAUGUCUGCUCACGUUAUGUACGAUGCUGAGCGGAAGUGUAGUAUGGGCACUUUAACUCUUGUCAUGGCUGAGCGUGCCGCGUUCGAAGCUCAUAUGUACGUUCAAGACUUGAAAACAAUGAUCCACCUCGUUAACGACUGGAUUCACACAGGACACUCCUACGUCAACAGAAUCUUCAGUAUGCUGAACGUUGCUGACUCACUGUAUCUGAUCGGUUUAAACAUGGACCCCUCUAAUAUUCACCGUCAGCUGAAGGAUCUUCAAGUUGCAACCAUUGAUUCUAGUCUCUACUUUUCUUGUGACGGAAAGCAAACUAAUGAUGACGGAAGUAAAGUGGAGAUUCUUGGAGCGAUUUCAAUUUUUGCGUGUAUAGAAGAUGAAGUCGCAAAGGGUCAGGACUAUUCCGACCUCCACUCGGAAUAUGUUUCGUAUGGCGGGGAAAGUGAAGCUUGUAUGACUCUUGGGGGGAAAACUCGGCUUGCUCAAAAAAUUAAUCUUCACUGGGAAGUUGAAGGCUGUAAAAAGGACGAUGCUUGCCACAUGUCUCUUAAGAGGUGCGACUACGAUAAGGAAACUAAAGAGUCAUUUGUGGUGGUUUACGUGGCAAAGAAGUAUUCUGAUAUCGACUUAGACCUUUUUGACGAUGUUAAAUUAUUUGACGAUAUGAACGUGGAAUUUGAUUUGAUUGGUAAGUUCAAAAAUUGUCCUGGAGGGCCGGUAUCAAGUUCGGAUACAAAUGAAAAGAUUGUCCGGCGGAUAAGUGCGAUAAAAAGUACCAACUUGUCUGGAGCAAUGGGAAGUGUGAGGAUUGCCCAUUUGGCACUUACUGGAAAAAUGAUGAUGAAGGAUGUAAUCCGUGUGACUUUGAACUUAUGUCAGCGACAUACACGUAUGGCAGCAAGUAUGAGGCCUGCUUUACCUAUCCCGGAGCACAUAGUGUCAUAUUAACUGAUGAUGAUAAAGAUCAGAAACGUGUACGUUUAGAUAGGAGACCUUUCAAUAUCCCUCAUGAAAACCGACAUCAUCAGCAGGUCGAAAUUGAAGCGAAAUUAGACGUGUGCUACGCUGUCGGACAGAAAAGAGAAUUCAAAGCAUUUUGUGCGGGAAAAUAUGAUCUGCAAGGACUUUCCUUCGACGAUUUUACGGACUUUGACCUGACAAAGUUAUCCUGCUUAGCCCAGGAUCGCAUCUCAGACCUUUACGAUGCUAACUGCAAAGAUCGGAUAUAUUCAUGGCCAGCUGUGGACAACUUUUAUUGGCUAGAUGCUGCCUGCAUGGUUGUGAAACACAUCCUACACACUGAAGAACAACUUCCAGACGAUGACAUUACAAAAUGUGAUAGCGUAAACGAAGACGUUCGAGUUUUGACUAUGCCCUUCCUUCUUCCAGAAUUUACCUAUGAUGUAGAGUGGGGAAGUGUAAUAUUGCCUCUUCUUGAACAUACAGAUACGAUGACUCAUGGAGACUACUCGACUGUCACUACGGCCGUGAGAGGUAUGAUGAAACAGUUCGGGGUCUACGAAACCUCUCAUGUAACAGGGUUAGAAAUAGCAAACCAUCUCAGAGACCUGAUAAUCGAAGUGCCGGAGAAUUUAAAACUGAGCAUGGUUUCAUGGAAAUGUUUAACGAUCUCGAGGAUGUGUUCUGUGAUAACAGCCAUGUCAAGAAAGAUUGUCGAAGUGCUUGUGCCUUAUCAUACAACCAAUGUAUGCAGCAAUCAGGCGAUGAACAUGAGCUGACCUGUUAUGCUGACGAGUGCAAUGAGUGUCAAGUAAGCUACACAUUCAAUGGGGAAGCGUACGAAUGCGUUACCUGUGAUUUAUGGGCAGAGUUUGACCCUUCAGAACAUGAAUUCCUUUCCUUGAUCUCCGUUGAUCCUGAUGUAGAAGGAAAACAGAUCUUCCAUCUCGAAUGCAAUGCAGGUAAAAGAACAAGUCUGAACAAUGGAGCUGUUGAUUACGGGAACUGUAAGGAUGAAGAACAGACCAUCGUGUCAUGUGCUGCGAAUGGCGGUGCUUCAAAAGAAUGGCAAUGUGUUGAAGAUAAAUGCGUAAUGUUAGAAGAUGGACCUUCUAAUGGCUAUAUAAAAGCAGUGCACGCCCCCAAGGACAGGGGUUGUAGAUUUGUCGAGAUGGCCUGCAACCCAGGUUACGAAUUGAAAGGCGAUUCUAUAAUCUACUGUGACAUUGAGGGUAACUUUGGCGAGAUCCCAACAUGUGAGCCGGUAGAGUGUGAGGAAUACGAUUCCACUAUCGAGAACGGUAAACUCAUCAACCAUCUGGUGGGCGAGGACAUUUCCUUUUACAGGUGUGAUGUUCACAAUCCAAGUUACAAUGGUGAUAUGGACUACUUUACUGCCAAAACGUGCGGAGAAACCAUUGUUUGUGGUAAACAUGAAGAUGAACAUUGUCCUCCAUUGAUAGAUAACGGUUACAAAGUCAGAGAAUGGGAGGGCAUGGUUGCAGUUUUGAGCGGGCUUAGAGUAUGGAAUGCAGAGUACGGGUGCAACCCAGGAUUCGAGCUCGAGGACAAUCCAGCACUGCAAUCUAUUGAAGAGGCUGGUCAUGGCUGGUCUCACUGUGAGGAAGGUCAGAAACCUGAUGUACCACGAUGUGUCACUAUAAUACAGGAUGAGGAAACUUGUAAAAUGCCCCAAUAUAUUUAUAAUGGUAAUCUCGUCGAAGAAUUUACUGAUGAUGAAGGUAAAGUGACUCAUGGUAAGUACGAGUGCGACGCCGGGUUCAUGAUGGUCGAGACUAAUAUGGGCGAGCACGGAUUCUGCCGAGAAAUGGACUAUUCUUAUGAGCUGCCAUAUUGUGUGGAACCCAAGGAAUGGAGGGGGCUGGAAUUCGAGCUUGUUGGAGGUGGUUACAAAAGAAUGCAAAAUGCUGGCCGUGUAAAGGCACGUAACACUCAUAGUGAUGGAACUGCAGAAGAUUGGUAUGCAGGUUGUGAUGACCAUUUCAACAGUCCUGCUGCUGGAUCCAUUUGUAGAACACUUGGAUUUGAAUACGGCAAGAUGAUUGAUGCUCCCAGGAGAAUGCGACCGAUCCCAUAUCUUCCAUUUGGAAUAACGAACUUUUGGUGCUAUUAUGACGACGUGCUUCCAAUGAGCCCUAGUUGUCACACUGACGACUACGGAAUGGUAGGAUAUCCUAUUUGUCUGCCUGACGAACAAAUAGCGGUUUCUUGCUUUGAUGUUUGGUGGAAGGUUGAUGUGGAGUUCCACAUGAAAUCCAAGAGAAAAGACAAAAUGUUCUGCCCAGUGGAGAUUGAGAAGGAGGGAAUCAAGAUGAAGACGAAGAAGUUGGGUCUGAGUGUUAAAUGGGGAGGACUUAUCAAGAAUAAAGAUACAAAUGAGUACGAAUACACAGAGUUCGAGGAGGGAACCCAUUACGAAGGUCGUCGCUUCAGCCGAAAGAAGGGUUUCAGGGCUACCUUCAUCGGUGACAAGGACUAUUACGACUGCUUCUACUGCAACAUUUAUCUUGGAGAAGCUUGGCUAAACCCUGAAUCAGAGAACAAUCAUAGCUGCGAAUGAUUGGAAACCUUGCAGGGCUGCACCCAGUAACCUCGGAAAUUUGGAUUAAGACCUGAAGUCUUAGAGAAACAUUAAGUUAUCAUAGACAUAGACAUACAAAAUUGUAGUUGUAGUUGUACAGGAUAUCACUGACCUCUAGAUAUCAUUAAUUUGAUACAUUGAUACAAUUUCUAAGAAUGUAUAAAGUUUCAUUCGUUUAGUUUGUGCAUAUCAGUAAUUCUUUAACUGUUUUUACUUAAUUUUAAUUUAAAAUGUAUCUCUCAUUUGAUAAUUGAUGCAUGCUUCAA